AUGUAUCUGAUGGUGAUGGAGAGGGGAUGUGGCCCUUCGGUAGCUCAUGGACACUGGGAUCAAGACCCUGUGGCCGGGGGGCUUUGGGAAUGCCGGGAAAGGGACCUGCUCAUCGGGUUUCUCUUGCAGGUCGGGCAUGAGCCACUACCUCCAACUGUUGGAAGAAACGUGCUGGGAAGGAAAGUCCUGUACCUGCCCGGCUUCUUCACCUACGCCAGACACAUCGUGGAAGUGGAUGGGAAAAGAGGCCUCUUCCGCGGUCUUACUCCUCGCCUCAUCUCAAGCACUUUAUCAACCAUCACCAGGGGGAGCGUGAAGAAGGCCUUUCCGCUGGAAGACAUGGAGCACGUUUCUAACAAGGAUGAUGUGAAGACCUCCCUUAGGAAAGUGGUGAAAGAGACAUCUCACGAGAUGAUGAUGCAGUGCAUGUCCCGGGUUGUCUCGCAUCCGCUGCACGUGAUCUCUAUGCGCUGCAUGGUCCAGUUUGUAGGUCGGGAAGUCAAAUACAGCGGUGUGUUCAGCGCCAUCGGCAGGAUAUUUAAGGAAGAAGGGAUCCUGGGAUUCUUUGUCGGUUUAGUCCCUCACAUCCUGGGGGAUGUCAUCUUCCUCUGGUGCUGCAACCUCUUGGCUCACUUCAUCAACACCUACGCGGUGGACGAUAACUUCAGCCAGGCAUCGGUGAUCCGGAGCUACACCAAAUUCGUGAUGGGGAUCGCCGUGAGCAUGCUGACAUACCCGUUCCUUCUCGUGGGCGAUCUCAUGGCAGUGAACAACUGUGGGUUGCGUGCCGGCCUCCCUCCCUACGCUCCCGCAUUUACAUCCUGGAUCCAUUGCUGGAGGUACCUCAGUGCUCAGGGGCAGCUGUUCCGCGGCUCCAGCCUGCCCUUCCGCAGGGCGCCCGUGCCAGCCGCCUGCUUCCCCAUCGACUGA